AAAAGUGCUCCAAACGGACUGCAUAGGCUUUACCAAUAGUAAUACCCAAUAGCGACAAAGAUAGCACAACCGAAGAGACAUCCGAAACGUUGCGCAGCCACAACCUCCGCACCCUAUUUUAGGAAUCAUUAUGACGUCUGCUGCUUGCUUUGUCGCUGGUGGCUUAGCCCCAGGGGCAGCCCUAGAAGCGUUGCUGGCGAAAGAGCCCCUCUCCCUAGCAUCUGUGGACCUGGUCUGCUGCGAGCAGCUCCCUCAGCAAGCCGAUCAGUUAACAAAGUAUGGCGUGGUGCUGGCCGCAAGCAGUUCACCCCACAGCCGAGACGCGCUUGCGCGUGUGGCGCGCAGCAUGACGCCUGGUGGUCGGCUUUACGUUUAUGAAGCCGCGCAUCCCGGCACAUCCGGCAGCGACAGCUCACGCGUGGAGGAGCUGAAGAAGGACUUGCUGCUGUCAGGCUUCACGGCAGCUCAGGAGCUCAGCAGCAGCGGUGCAAGCUCCAGCGCCGCAGCUACACCAGCCGCCUGGGUCACCGCCCAGCUGCCGCAGUGGGGCCUAGGCGCCUCAGCCAAGCUCUCCCUCAAGCGACCGCAGCAGCAGCAGCCUACGGACACCGCCACCACCACCACCGCGCCCUCUUCCGCAGCACCCUCCACCACAACAGCAGCACCAGCACCUGCAGCUCCGCCCGCUGCGACAGUGGCCAGUGUGUGGAAGCUGGCGGCGGGGGGCGCUGACGAGGAGGGCGGCGAGGAGGAUGAGGAGCUGCUGGAUGAGGAGCAGCUGCUGACGGAGGAGGAGCGCGGGGCGGCUGCGGCGCCCAACCCAGACGAUUGCGAGGUGGGUGCCUCGGGCCGCAAGGCGUGCAAGAACUGCACCUGCGGGCGAGCGGAGGCGGAGGCGGCGGGCGAGGGCGUCAAGCUGACGCCUGAGAUGCUGGAGAACCCGCAGUCUUCGUGCGGGAACUGUUACCUGGGGGACGCCUUCCGCUGCGCCUCCUGCCCCUACCGCGGCCUGCCCGCGUUCAAGCCCGGGGAGAAGAUCACGCUGGGGGCGGGCAUGCUGACAGCGGACCUGUAGCGGUCGUCCUUCGGGAGACGGGGUGUGUGUUGGAGGGAAGGAGGGGAGGGGCAAGGGGAGAGAGGGGUAGGCGAGGGAGUGCGCGUCGAGCGAGGAGGGGGCUCGAUGGACGGCUCUAUUCUGAAUAGGCUUUAGGAAGAGGGGGGUAAGGUUCGGUUGGUGGCUUCUUGGUAGGAGCCCUGAAUGGUAUCUGAGAAGGGAGCAGUUGGCGAGGGGAGCGGUGCGAGGUGGGGGCGGCGGUGCUGAGGCAUGUGCCGGGGAGCUUGCGGGGCACAGCAGGAGCAGCAGCAGUGGCGGCGUGCUGAGUGGUGGGUUGGGUUGGAGGGAAGUCCAUUCUCAGAAUGGACUUUUUUUUAAGAGCCUUGUUGGCUGCUGGCCGCAUGGGGCAUGACGAGUUGAGCUGUACGUUCGUACAGGCACAGGACCUAGCAUGCCAGGCUAGGGGAGCGCCGGGCGGAAUUCGGCAUGCAAUGGUGUAAGCCGUACAAGCAACACGAGGAG